UUUAGUUUUGAAAUAAAAAUAUACUAACUGGCAACUGGAAAAAAGUUUCCCAUCUGUUCAGUGAAGUAUUUGACAUUCACAGCGCCGCGCGUUUUGUUUACAUUUUUCCAUACGAACAUGAAUAUUUUGCCAAAAAAACGCUGGCAUGUACGCACCAAGGAUAACAUUGCGAGAGUGCGCCGCGAUGAGGCUGCCGCUCGCGAGGAUGAACAAAAGCGUCAGGAUAAAUUGGAAUUGGCCGAAAGCGAAGCACGCAUCAAUUUUCUACGCCGCCAAUCUGGAGCACCUACCUCAAGCACCAGGCCAAGCACUAGCACAUCCACGGAAAACGCCCCGAGCAGCAGUUCAGCUGACACAAAUGUUGCUGGUGUGGAUCUCUUUAUAAAUUACAAGGCGCAUAUCAAAACAACCAACAAGGAUUUCGAGAAAGAGCGUAAGGAAGAGCAGGAAAAGUAUGAGAAGCAAGUUGGUUAUCUUACCUACCUGGGUCAAAACACUAAUGAGGCGCUCAAGCAGCGUAGUUGGUAUGAAGUAGCACCCAAAAGGACAGAUGUUGACGACAAAAAUGACAUUGAAACACACCUGGAGCGCAAAUUAUCACAGGACCCGCUCACACUGAUGAAUGCACUAUUACCGUCGAAAAAAAAGCCAGCACGAAGCGUCCCCAAAAGAAAACGUGAUGCCUCCCCUACACCAAAACCAGUACAAGAGAGCCCAGCAAAAAUUAAGAAACACAAAAAGGAAAAGAAACACCAUAAAAAACACAAAAAACACCACGAAAGCCAUAAAAGGAAAAAAGAAUCUCGAAAAGAGGCUGAUUUGGCAGCAGAGCGCAGGAAACGCGAAAAACUAGAAAUACUACGCAAACAACGUCUGCGCCGUGAAAAAGCCGAACGAGAACGUGAACAAGCUUUGGUUGCUCCUAAAGAUGUAUUAGCUUCAUCAACAGAAGAUAGAUCGGCUCCCACACCCCGUAUUAUGCAAAAGUACAAUUCCCAAUUUAAUCCGGAAUUCGCCAAGCAAAAUAUGAUAUAAAUAAAAUAAGUACCAUAAACAUGUAUCUUGAAAAAAUUAAAGCAAUCGACAGCUUUGCUUUAUACUGUGUACAAAUAUGAUCCAGAAUUUGGUGCUACCGU